ACCAGUUUGAAUUUGGCGCUUCAAUCAGUAACAUCUAGAUACUUUGACAAUUACAGUUAUAAUGGCCUGAGAUUUAUUUUUACACGCUUAUAAUUCUUUAUAUUUAAUUUUCCAUUAGUUUAGUAUAAUAUAAAAGAAGUUGGUGGUUGUUAUUGAAAGCUAAAAGUGUGUUGUGGAUAGGUUUGUGUCCGUACUGUGCAGAGCAGGCCAAGGGAGGACAACACAGCACCAGACGUAACACAGAAAGGCACUGUGUUCAAAGGGUGCCAUAAACUGUGGCUUCAUUUAAUGUAUUUUGGCAGAACAAGACAGUGACAGGGCCGUGGGUGCCUGCGUGUGCUGGUGCAAGCUUGGUGCCUGCCUGGAGGUGCCUACAGGGAGGUGCCUACAGGGCCACCAAGGCUAAUAUUGGUAAGAAACCCGCCCACCACUUGUCCAGCCAGCUAAUUUGCACAGUGUGAUGUAACAGGCGGUAACUGUGAUAGUGUUGUUACGUGUCACCCACAACAACAACACAGGGCUGUCAGAUACAAAUGUAGAGGGACGAAAUAGGGAAGCAGGAAGACCACCACCACCAUCACCACCAGCAGUGUGGAAGAAAGUUUAGAGCAACGGCAACCCUCCGAUCCGGCAAGCAAGUUGGCGGCAGCGAUGGCGGUGGCGGCGGCAGUGGUGGUGAGGUGGAUGGCAGGGACAGAGGGGCAGUACAGGCUGCGGACAUCAAGGAGAAGAGGAACGCAUGGACAAGCAAGGUGUUAUUCGGCAGUCUGAUCCUGGACCUGCUCGGCUUGAAGGUGGUGCUGCCCGUGUCUCCUGCUCUCCUCGACUGUUACUCCAAGCACAACACCAGCGGCUUGUAUUCCUCUCAGCUCUCCUGUGUGACUUAUUACCAGCAUAUCAUCGGUUUCGCUGCGAGGCACUGAUUGGCGUGACAUUCAGCAUAGGCUUCACCGUCGGGCACACUGUGGGGGCUGCGUUCUCCCGCUGGGGAAGUACUGGGUGGUUCGCGGCCUCGGCUGUCUAUGCACGCACUCUCACUGUGGCUAACAUAAUAUUCUUUGCUGUCUUCUUCCAGGAAUCGCUGCCUGAGGGCAGAAGGAGGAGGGACAUCGGUGCCAGUUUGACCGAGGCUUGGGAGGUGAUCAAUCCUAGGGCUCUGUUCUCCGUCAGCUGUGUCAAGGGCCUGGGCAGAGAAGCUUAUGGCAAAGUCUUUCUGGUGCGGAAGGUAUCGGGGAAGGAUGCAGGGAAGUUGUAUGCCAUGAAGGUUCUGAAGAAAGCGACCAUCGUACAGAAGAAGACAACUGAGCACACCAAGACAGAGAGGCAGGUGUUAGAGGCAGUGCAGCAGAGUCCCUUCCUGGUCACCCUUCACUAUGCCUUCCAAACUGAUGCUAAACUCCACCUUAUCCUUGACUAUGUCAGCGGAGGAGAACUGUUCACUCACCUUUACCAGCGAGAAAGGUUCCAUGAGGAUGAAGUCCGUCUCUACAUUGGUGAAGUCAUCCUUGCCCUUGAGCAUCUGCACAAACUUGGUAUCAUCUAUCGAGACAUCAAGCUUGAAAACAUCCUCCUGGACUUGGAUGGCCACAUAGUUUUGACAGACUUUGGCCUCAGCAAGGACUUCCUCUCCCAUGAAACGGAACACAGAGCAUACUCCUUCUGUGGCACAAUUGAGUACGUGGCCCCCGAGGUGGUGCAGGGAGGAGCUCACGGCCACGAUCAGGCUGUGGACUGGUGGAGUGUGGGAGUGUUAACAUAUGAACUGUCAACUGGAGCCUCGCCUUUCACGGUGGAAGGUGAAAAGAGUAACCAGCAGGAGAUUUCAAGUUAAGAGUCUGCACUGAACUUUCUUUUGGUUGAAAGAUAAAGACGAAUCCUGAAAACACGGCCACCGUUGCCCAGUGAUCUAUCGCCAGAGGUCAGAGACUUAAUUUCAAGACUCCUCGUGAAAGACCCUCGCCAGUGGUUAGGGAGAGGGCCACGGGAUGCGCUAGAGAUUAAGGACCA